CGGCGGUUGCUUAAACAGGCUGUUUACACAUACAAAGUGAUGGAAGAAGAAAUCAUUUGGGCAACUGUAAAACGGAAUUUUGGAAAUAAUCUUUUCAUGCUUCGAAAGUAUCUAAGAUAAACAAAUGGCGUUCUACGAUAACGAACAUUGGCUUUUAUCACAUAUUAGAGAUAGUUUUUUAUCAACCGACAAUACAGGUCAAUGUGAAAUGGUGAUGCUUGGAGAAGAUAUACCUAAACAACUAAGAUCCAAUGGAAUGUUACAAUGUUAUCCUGGCAUGGAAGAAAGCGACGACGAAGAUCUAGAUGCUCUCGCAGAAUCCUAUGACAUACAAAUGGAUAUGGAAUACAGUCACAGAGAACGCACUAAUACCGCGCAAAGAUUAGAGAAAAUGGAUCUUGAAAGGGAAAAGGCUGCUAAAGUCAGUGUAAAGUGGAGAAAUGAUUCUGUUAUACCUGUUACUCAACAAACAGAAUUAUUUCAAAGGAAGGAUUUUCGUAAAAAGACUGGCCAAACUAAAAGAUAUUCUCUCUUGUCUGAACAACUUGAAAAGUGUCCAAAUGUACCACAAAAUCCAUUUAUAGAAUACGCCAAGUUUGACGGCAGCGCACAAGUAGAUAUUCCUAUAAGAAAGUACAGGAUAUUUAUGUGUAUGUUACCUAAAAAUCAAAGAACGUAUCCCAUUCAUAUACUUGUACUUGCUACGGCAAAAGUGCUAGAAUUUAUUGGAUUAAUUUGCUAUAAAUAUGCGAAUGAACAUCCAGAUCACCCUUUAAAGGAUGAUAUCACAAGAUAUGGCUUAUAUUUUACUGAAGAUGAUGGAGAAGUUGACUGGGAUUUACCGUGCUUGGAUCCUAGGGAAACGAUAUCUAAAUUUGAAUUCACAACGUUAGGUCUUGCCGAAAUGAAACCCAGCGAUAGGGCGCGACACAACGUGUUUAAUUGGGUUGAAUUAACUAACGAGGAAGAUUUUCUAGAAGGUCAAAACGAAGAAGAAGAAGUUGCUGAAGAUUUAGCAAAAAUGGAAGGACAUACGACUGCUAUGGAAGCUCCGUUGUAUCAGUCGUACAGGGUAUACAUAAUUAAUAAAGUCAGGACAAAGACUGAAAUAUAUCUAGGAAUAUCUGGUGAAAAAAUUGAAAUCAAUCCAAUAAUAACAGGGAAAGGUGCAGGACGCUUUUGGAAUAGGCAAAGAGCUGUUAGUUAUCAAAUAGACAAUAUUGCCUGGUGCGAAGUGACAGAAACAAAGGGAACGAAAACAAUUUUUACGUUAGUUUAUACACCACACACGUCUACUUCCGAAAAUAUUUUAGUACCCUCUGGACAGUUGCAUUCUCUGCAUCAAUCAGCAUCGUUUAAAAACCAUGAAUUUGAAGCCGAUUCGAUGACAGCCGAAGAAAUUGUCAGAAAAAUAAAUCAUAUAUUGGAAUUACACAAUAGCAUAUCAAGAAAAGAAUAUCUAUCUCAGAAAGAAAGAAAAGCGGCGAGACGGAAAAGUUUUCAUUUGCAUAGAUGACAGCUCUAUUGGUUUCUAUAUUCUAUUUUAAAUUAUUUAAAACAUUAAUUAUGUCAAUGUGAUAAAACAAAUGUUUACUUCAAUACACAUAUGAUCCUAUUGUCAUUUUAA